GUUUUGCCAUGCUUAGGGGGCGGUCCAUGUCUCAGGGCUUCCUGGUCUUUGAACGCUUUCGAAGUGAGCCUUCGAAGUGAGCCUUUGAGGUAGGGAGCCGCAGUCAUUUGGGCUGAAGUCGUUUUGUCUCGAGGUCGAGCUUGUGGAAACCACUGACUUGCUUUUCCCUGUCCGAGUUCCACCUCUUACAAGCAGCAAUGGGGGUCUGUGGCUCGUCAGCCGAAUUGGAUGAACAGAUGCGCAAGCAAUGGGCUGGGCAAAGCAAUUGGUCUGCGGUGCCAGUGCAGCGCCGCCGCUUGAGUGUCUCUGCCGUAGAGGGUGACUACGCCGACAUGGAUGCCAACGAGUUGGAGGAGGACCGAGGCUUGAUCAAGCUGCUAGACGCGAAGACCGUUGUAGACCUCCUGGAGUCAGGCUGCACUGGUGGUCGCAAGAUGAGUAUCAGUUCGACCACAGACCGGAACAAGACUCCCUUCUCUUCGAAAGCUAUGAAAGAGAUUGGGGGAAAGUUUGACCCAGCAGUGGCAAGCAUUGGGUACUCCUGCCGCAAGGGGCUCAAACCUGAGAGGCUAAACCAGGACUCGUGGUUCGUGCUUCGCGUUGAGGGUGAGAGGCCUUGCUCCAUCUACGCAGUCUUCGACGGGCAUGGCCAGAAUGGACACGAAGUUUCCAAUUUCGUCAAAGAGAACUUGCCAAAGUUGAUUGUGAAGGACCCCCGCUUCAUGACCGACCAGACGGACGAGAUGCUAGUGGAUUGCUUCAAGAAGAUGCAGCGCCUCAUUGCGUCGUCAGACCGCAUGAAAAACAGUGCACGUUUGUCGGGCACAACUUGCACACUCGCCAUCCACGACAUCCAGAAGGACAAGAUAACUGUGGCGCACGUGGCCGACAGCCGCGCCGUGCUCAGCAAGAGGUGUGGGCAGAAGUGCGGAGGUGUUCAGCUCACGCGCGAUCAUAAACCCGUUUUGCCAGACGAGCGCAAGCGCAUCGAGUCCGGUGGUGGUCGAGUCGUUUUCGAUGGUUAUGAGAACCACCGCGUCUACGCCAAGGACUCCCGGUUCCCUGGACUGAACAUGUCGCGUUGCCUUGGCGACCUCAUGGGUCACAGCGAGUGCGGUCUAUCGUGCGAACCAGAGGUAAUGGUGCGGGAGCUCUCUGCGGAGGACGUGGCUUUGCUCAUCUGCAGUGACGGCGUGUGGGAGUUCAUCAGCCCAGACGAGGCCGUUGGCAUCGUGUCCACUUAUAGGCCCGACCAGGCCAUGAUGGCCGCUGAGACGCUCGCGAAGGAGGCGUGGGACCGCUGGAUCCAAGAGGAGGGCGGCUCUGUGGUGGACGACAUUACCGUGCUCUUCGUCCACCUGAAGCAGAAGUAGCAGCAGAAGUUUCAUGGUCUAGCCCGGAUGCGCUUACGUCUACGCCUGUGGUAGCGCCGAUGCUUCGGGUAGUAAUGCGCCCGCGCAUAGGUAGCGCCCUUGCUACACGCUACGAGUUCAAGCAACUCGCUGCGAGGAGCCCGUACAGUCGGGUGAGGGUUAUGUUCAACCGCGUUGCAACAUGUCGGGGUUGGGCUCUAGCGAGGCUGGGCUGUAGGAGGCCAUGCGUGGCUGUAGCGAGCCUCGUGGGAUAUCUGCUUGUGUGCAUCACCGCUGCUCUUUGUAAACUUGCUGAAAUAUGCCCGGGAGCAGAGAUGCUAAUUUUGAGAGUCACGCAUUCAAACGUUCUCAAGUUUUUCUCGGUGCCACAUCGCAUCUUCGCCGGGUGGCCGCCAUCAGGCCACGUGGCAGACAGCCCGCGGUCAGUGUCUCGAUGACCCUAGUGGGCUUGUUUUUAUAAUUUCGUCUCUGAAGGUGGUUUGAACGCAUUCUGUGCGAUACUGUAUGACUCUUGCCACAUUAAUGCAUGAGUGCAUUCUGCGCCCCAAUCGUAACAAGACAGUCCGUGCAUCCCCCCCCGUGUAUUUAAAUCACGGGCUUUCAGUGCCGACGCUGGUGUUUAAGGAUGCCCCAAAAAAACAGAUACGGAGGUCGAC